AUGUCAGUCCCAUCGCAAACUCUCAGCGAGUGGGUAACAGAGCUCAACAAUACUCUAUUCAUUCAACCAAAUGACGAAAUCGCCCUCAAAGCCGUCCAUGAGCAAGUUGAUCCAAGCUUAGUAGUUAAAAUCAACCACAAUAUCUACACGUACGACCAAUUUAAGUCAGGCCUUCAACACGUCCGUAGUUCUGGUACAUUGAUUCAAGAUACCUUUUCUGUGAUUCUCCAGUGGGAGAACCCGGAAAAGCAGGACGGCGUGGUGGCUGUUCUUAGCAAAAGCACGGUUAAGGAGAAGGCAUCGGGCAAGGAGACUAAAAAGACCAAUGUGAUUCUUUGGGAGGUUAAGUGGAUUGAUGGAAAGAGGAAGCUUACAGGACAAACAGAGGUAGAGGUAUAA